UCGAGGGUGACUUGUACAUUACGUUAUGCCUAUUCUAGAAGUACACAGGGAGCUUCUGAAAAGGAAGACGUAAUGGUGUGAUUCCUUGUGUCCUUGCAAUGGUCAUCAUUCUAAUAUUACACGACAAAUUCCACAACCGGGAGUCAGAAUGAAGGGUUGCAAACUCUGAUUUCACGGAUACAUGUAUAAGGCGGGGGCAUCGUCCAUGUGGGCGUCAUGCUGUGGGCUGCUGAACGAGGUAAUGGGCACAGGGACGGUGCGUGGGCAGCAGCCAGGGUUUGGGGCCGGGACGGGGCCCUUCCGCUUUGCCCCCAGCGCCGGGUACUCCACAUAUCCCCCCACCAGCUCAGGGAGUGCAGGUCAGCUCUGCAAGGCCUGUGGACUGGCCUUCUCCGUCUUCAGGCGCAAGCACAUAUGCUCGGACUGUAAGAAAAGUUUCUGCGCCCUGUGCUCGGUGCUGCAAGAGAGCCUCCGCUGCUGCACCACCUGCCACCUCCUGCGCGGAACGGCCUUCCAGAGACCACAGCUCAUGGCGCUGCGCGUUAAAGACCUGCGCCAGUACCUGCUGCUGCGCAACAUCCCCACAGACACCUGCAGGGAGAAGGAGGACCUGGUGGACCUGGUGCUCUGCCACCAGGAAGCUGGAGAAAACACCUUGACACAAGGAGGUGUAGAGGAGGAGGAAGAAGAGGAGGAGGAUGCAGACACAGACAGCCAGCACUCGCUCCCCCACUCCCUCCACGCCUCGCCCCCCUCAGCCGCACACCGCUCCGCCUCGGAGCAGUCGUCUCUCUCCACCUCGGAGCAGUCGGCUCUCUCCACCUCGGAGCAGUCGGCUCUCUCCGCCUCUCAAGGAGACUCUCCUCUCAGCCGGAGUGACAGCUCAGGGACCGUUCAGAACCAGGAGCAUGGGGAAACUCCGACCAUCCCACUCCUUCACCUGGAACCUGCCAGUGACCCUAUCAUAGAGGUCAGUCCAGUGACACAGAGGAGGAUACGGGCCUCUCUAUCUGACCUGGACAACGAAGGGGACAUUGAGAGCCUGUCUGUCCGGCAGCUCAAAGAGAUUCUGGCCCGUAACUUUGUCAACUACUCUGGCUGCUGUGAGAAGUGGGAGCUGAUAGAGCGGGUGCAUCGGCUCUACAGAGAGGACGAACAGAACAGGAAGUCCAUGGAAAAUGUCAGCAACAUCAACAGCAUGUCUGCAGUGGUGUCAUAUCCUCCGCCUAUCUGCAAUGGUGCAGUGGAAGACAGUGUGAAGGCUCAGCUGGCCUCUGAUGACCACCUAUGUCGCAUCUGCAUGGACGCUGUGAUCGACUGUGUGCUGCUGGAGUGCGGUCACAUGGUCACCUGUACCAAAUGUGGGAUGAGGAUGAGCGAGUGCCCCAUCUGCAGGCAGUACGUGGUGCGAGCCGUGCACGUCUUCAAGUCUUAACUCUGCCGUGAGCGUGCAUGUCAGCCAAGGACAUUGAAGCUGUGACGUGGAGUGUGCAUAUGCUUGAAAACCUGAGGGAGUGUGAAUGGUUUUGCAAGUUUCCAAGGACUUAAUGCUGCAGCAGAUGUGCACAUCCUCCAGUCCAAAUGACAUGCAGAGCAGACAGCUUCACACGGCCUGACUUUUACUACAGCUACUAGAACUACAAGAGCUCCACAGGAAACUGCUCUGUCGUGUUUGGACCUCCACUGGCUCCGGGACACUGACUGACCUUCUGUCUUUAGUGUGAUACACACUGAAUUGUUUCACAAAUAACUCUACAAUAUCUUAUUUUACAGCGCUUCAUUUCAAUUAGUUUUUUACUUUUAAUAAACCAUGAUGCGGAAUUGGUCCCAUCAGGGCCAGUAUACUGAAAGGGGACACAGGGCUUGUGCCCCGGGGCCCUGUCCUUCCUCAACCAAAUUUGUAUUAUUACAUUUUUUGGGGUUGUGGGUCAGUGGGCCCCCCAGAUAGCAAAUAUAUUCUCUUAGCCUCAUGAUAAAAUGUGUAGGAGGGGGGAGUGCCUUGAGGUCGGUGCCCCAGGGUUCCAAAUGCAGUAGUCUGGCCCUGGGUCCCAUGGAUACUUGAAUUGGAUAUGUUUCAUGGUGAGUAGGUAUGAGGUGAUCAAGGUGGAGAUCAUUAUGAUAUCCCAGGGUUAGAGUCAAUAUGGUUUACACACUCAUACCACACCAGGCUAUACUAUACGUAUCUCCUUCAAUGUUCUUUAGUAUGUGCGAUAUUAAAAAAGACUUCUAUGUCUGUCUAUGAAACUAGUCUGAGAAACUCAACCAGGUUGCAUGUCUCUGUGUUGUUCCAUUCUACACACACACGGGGAGGGUUUUAGGUGCCAAACUUCAUACCACAACUACAUUACUGAUGUCUGAUUGCUGUUUCUAUGCCAAGUGUCACUCCUCACUUCAGACCAUGCGUUGUAGAUUUGAGCAACAUCCAACCAAAUCAAUAUGUAAACCAUCAAGCUCAGUGAUUGGUUGGAUUGUAGGGAAGCUCUUGAGCCACAUGCUAUGGGUUAUAGGGGCUUCAGUUCAAGGCUGUCCAACCCAUGUUCUCCUUGCAUGUGUUUAGUCAGUCACAAGUGAUAUCACAUUAUGAUUAAUGUCUAUGUUGAUGAUCUUGUUUGGUUUAGAGAAGGCUCCUGUCUACUGUGGUAACAUACCAUACACUGUGGCUGGGUCAUCCCAUGCUUUACGUUCGUAUGCUCUUCGUCGGUGUAUCUUUUAUUAAAGUCUGGCAUGACUGACAAUGUGUCUCUGCUACUUAGCUUAAUUAAGCAAUAUCAUUCCAUUACUUUUCCUAGGUGUGUUGUCCAUUGGCUCAGUGUUCACCUCUUGAAGGCGACUGGUGCUAAUUCCUCUGUUCUGAGCUCAUAUUUAAACGUCUUAUCACAUUGUGGGUUUGUCUUUUAAUAUCUCUUUUCAAGAAAAGAAAAUGAUGCAUAAACUCAGUCUGUUAAGUUUGUUUGUUUAUACAAAUACAACUUCUGUUCUUUCAUAAAAUUAUAUUUAUUCAAAUGUCUAUUGAAAAAAAAAAAGUAUCUACUAAUGCCUGUAGAUCGUUAGACAAAAAGCUUAUUGCUCUAAAAUAAUUGCAUAUGAUAUGUAAGCUAUUGAUAAAUAUUUUUGGGAUGUCUUAAUAUAAUUUAUUAGCAUUUGAUAUUUUAAGAGGUUGAAUUGAAUUUUUUUCAGAAUGUAAAUUCCCUUAAUUUGAUCAAACUAAUAUGACUCCAAUCAAAAACAGAGAGAUCACUGAUCAUGACAUUUCCCCGUUCUCAUUUUAUUUUGGAGCAUUUCUUAUCCUUACCUGCUAGGGGAUUCAAAACCUUAUGAAUAUUUGUACAUCGCUCACGGUGGCAAACACUGUCACUGUGUUUACAUGUAUGUUUAUAAUAAUGCUGCGAUAUCUCAGAUGUCACUUGUAGGCAGCUAUAUGAUGUCAAAGUAUGAUGAGUUAUAGCUAUGAGCACUCUAUGGAAUCCUGGAACUUUGUAUUUUGGAAUGUUGAACAUUUUAUUUUGGUAAUUACAAUAAUUAUUUAAUAGAUUUAAUAAAAUACCGUACCAUAUAA